UUUCCACGCUGCUUGUACAGUAAAUGCGCGUCUCUUUUUUGUGCCGAUUUCUUUUUGGGCACAUUUUUCAGUCGCACAAACAAAGAUGUGACUCUUUCUUCCUCCUGACACAACCUUGUAAAUCACAGAAAAACUGUGUGGAGCCACAAUCACUCGGGUUACAGUCACACACACACGCUGCGUGUUAAAACAGUGGUGUGGAUUCACAGCAGCAGCAGCAGCAGCAGCAGCAGCCAGCUCCUCGUCUCUUCUCUCCAGCCCGGACCGACCGACCGACCGCUGCUCUCCUCGGCGCACUGCGCUGACUCUGCAGAAGGAAACCAUCGGGGGAGUGUAAAGGAAGGCGUUUUUUUUCUUUUUUUUUUGCGUUUUUCUCAAGGUAGGACAAGCAGUUACAACACAGCUUCUGGUUGUCAGCGAUCCCCUACUGUCUAGUUUGACUUCUUCAGUCUUAAAGAAGAAGAGGUGACUGAGUGUCGUGGUGCGUUCCUCUCCUCUCUGAGACUUCACCGGCGCGUUUUCCAAAACGUCUUGACGCGCGUUUUUUUUUCCCCUCAGUGAAGAAGAAGCUCGGACGCAGUGAUUCUCGGGAUAAAAGAAGAAAAAAAGUGACUGUUUUCCUCGUGUUGUAUACUUAAAAAAAACUGUCAUAAACGUCGAUUUGUGAAAAGGAACAGCGACACAGACAGCGUGCAGCAUUGAAGAGGAGAAAGUUCCCCACUUGAGGGCGAAAUCAGACUUUUUUCUAGGACGCCAAGUUUUGAAAAGUGCCAGCAGUCCUGAGGUCUGUCAGAUACAACAUGCAGCAAUGUCCAAGGAGGCAGAGUUGGAUGUGAGAGGCAGUGAGUGCGACGACACGGUCCCACAAGAGCCCAGCACAGACCCGGAGCCGCCCAGGCCACCUCCAGCUAAGGGCAACGGACCCACCGGCACCGCUGGCGUUUGCACGAGCAUCCCCUCCAGUAGCCACAGUAGCAGCAGCAGCACCACCAGCAGCAGCACCAGCAGAAGUGGUCUGGGUGGCAUUACCAUCGUUAGCAGCAGCAGUGCUGAGGGAGCAGGCGAAAGCUCCAUGCAGUUCAGCACCAGACCGCCUAGUGCUGAGCAGCCGGGCUUCAUGGGGACAUGGCAGCAGCAGAGCACUGACAGCAACCUCCUCUACAGAAUGUCCCAGCAGGCCAUUCGCUGCACACUGGUGAACUGCACAUGUGAGUGUUUCCAGCCAGGGAAGAUUCACCUACGGACAUGUGACCAGUGCAAACAUGGCUGGGUAGCUCACGCUCUGGACAAGCUCAGCACCCAGCACCUGUACCACCCGACCCAGGUGGAGAUCGUUCAGUGCAACGUGGUGUUCGACAUCAGCAGCCUGAUGCUGUACGGCACCCAGGCCGUACCCGUCAGGCUCAAGAUCCUCCUCGACCGCCUCUUCUCCGUGCUGAAGCAGGAAGAGGUGCUGCACAUCCUGCACGGCCUGGGCUGGACCCUCCGCGACUACGUCAGGGGCUACAUACUGCAGGAUGCUGCAGGCAAGGUGCUGGACCGCUGGACCAUCAUGUCCCGAGAAGAGGAGAUCAUCACCCUGCAGCAGUUUCUGCGCUUUGGUGAGACCAAGUCUAUUGUGGAGCUGAUGGCCAUUCAGGAGAAGGAAGGUCAGGCAGUUACAGUUCCCUCCUCCAAGACGGACUCCGGGAUUAGGACAUUCAUUGAAAGCAACAACAGAUCCCGAAGCCCGGGGAUCAUGACAUCACAUCUGGAAAGCAGUAGCCCAUCCAGCAUUCACCAUUUUGAGAAUAUCCCCAACAGCUUAGCCUUCCUCCUGCCCUUCCAAUACAUCAACCCAGUCUCUGCCCCCCUGCUCGGCCUGCCCCCCAAUGGCCUGCCUAUGGAGCAGUCUUCUCUCCGGCUCCGGGAGCCCAGCCUGCCAAACCAAGGUGAACCGUUGGACACCAGUGAGUCAGAAGUGUCCCUGUCACCCUUCCGCACAGGCCAGAGCCCUAGUCGUGGAGCCCUGGGAGGCCUGAACAACAUUGAACCCAAGACAGAGCCCAACAACAGGGCAUCGCCCAUCUCACCAACCCCUUCCACCCAGCAGGCUCAACAACAGCAGCAACAGCAGACACAGCUCCAGCAGCAGGGCCAACAGCAGUCCCAAAAUCAACCUCAGCAAUCCAACAGUUUGAGUGACCACCAUGUCCACCACCACUUUGUAAAGGACGAGCAGUCUAAAAGCAUCAGCCAUGCUUCCUUUUCCUCCAAGAUGCAUCGCAUGCGCCGCAUGGGAUCCACCUCACGCAAGGGCCGUGUGUGCUGCAAUUCUUGUGGCAAAACCUUUUAUGACAAAGGUACACUAAAGAUACAUUAUAACGCUGUACACUUGAAGAUCAAACACCGUUGCACCAUUGAGGGGUGCAAUAUGGUCUUCAGCUCAUUACGCAGCCGCAACCGCCACAGUGCCAAUCCCAAUCCACGGUUACACAUGCCCAUGCUGCGCAAUAACCGCGACAAGGACCUCAUCCGUUCAACCACUGGUACACCUGUCAUCUCAAGCACCAAAAAUUGUGGCUUCUCACUCACCAGCCCUGGAAGGCCACCACUGGGUUUCACUACUCCACCAGUAGACCCUAUGCUUCAGUCACCCCUGCACAGCCCACUGGUGUUCCCCUCCUUGAAGUCAGUGCAGCCUGUCCAGCCAGUGCCCCCAUUCUACCGCACACUACUGUCCCCUGCGGACCUUGUGAGUCCUCCAGUGUCACUGCCCACCAGCCCCAUCCUACCCACAACCACCAACAGUACCACCCUGAUGGACCAACAACAUCAUCUCCUGGCUGCUGCUGCAGCAGCGGCCUCCCACAAUAAUGUUCACAUGUCAGAGGUAGGAGCCAUGUCCCACCGCUUACAUACAAAUAAUGCCAAUCACGACCUCAACACUGGCUGCAGUGACCCCACGCCCAAAAAGAAGCCUCGUAAAUCGAGCAUGCCAGUGAAGAUUGAGAAAGAAGUGAUUGAUGUGGCGGAUGAAUACGACGACAAAGAUGAUGAUGACGAUGACAUCCACCAUAAUCACCACCAUCACUCAACCCUUCUUCACAACAAUGUCAAAAUGAAUGGUAACUGUAACAGUAACAACAACAGCGGCAGUGGUACUGGGAACCACAGUGGUGGUAGUGGGCAGCAAUCCCCUUCCCAGGACGAGAUGAGCCCUGGCCUAGCUCUGAGGGGCAUGAUGAGACAGAGUGAAGAUGAAUGCAGGGAAGGGACCGGUAGUGAAGGCAGGGGUGGAAAUGAUCUUCAAGGCUCUGGCGAGCUACGUUGUAUGGGCAGCUUCACCUCUGAGGACCAGGACCAUGAAAGAGACUUUGAGAACGAAUCUGAAACCUCUGAUUCCAAGAUGUUCUACCGUGACGAGCUGAUAGAUGUGGAGGAUCAGCAAAAACACAGCAGGGGUGGAAGGUGUCUGGACAAGGAACAGGACGAUGAGGGUAGUGAGGAGGCCCAAUUGAGAAAGGAAAUGGAAGGCAAGGGUCAGUCCUCACCCUCCCCUCAUCAGCCCCCUAUCAGGAUCAAGGAAGAACUCAACGAUCCUACUUACGACAUGUUCUGCAUGGGCCAGUAUGGCCUCUAUAAUGGAGGCAUGGCGGCGGCUGCUGCUGCUGCAAGCAUGGCUGCUCUGCACGAGAGCUUCAUCUCUUCAAUGGGCUACGGUGCCAGCCCACCCAAAUUCCCUUCUUCUCAAUCACCAGAGGGAGACCCAUGCUCAAGUCCUGACCCCAAGAUCUGCUACGUGUGUAAGAAGACCUUCAAGAGUUCCUAUAGCAUGAAACUGCACUACAAGAAUGUGCACCUCAAAGAGAUGCAUGUGUGCACUGUGUCUGGCUGCAACGCUGCCUUCCCUUCACGGCGGAGCCGAGACAGGCACAGCUCCAACAUCAACCUGCACCGCAAACUGCUGACCAAAGAGCUGGACGACAUUGUCCUGGACCCCCAACUCCCGCCACUGCCCAAGGACCUGCGAGCCGAGAUACUGGCUAAGAUCUACGCCGGGCAUCACAUGGGCUUGGACCCAUAUGCCGGGAUGGGCAUCGGAGGCGCCAGCCUCCGGCCCACUGGCCUGAACCACAAUGCCCGUUCCCUGAUGAGCAGUGAGUAUCCCCACCACCCUCUCAACCAUACUCUUAAAAACCACCACACCAACGGCUUCUCCCGGGGCCAGCCAGACGACUACAUGGUGUUGGACCUGAGCACCACAUCCAGUGUUCAAUCCAGCAGCAGUGUCCACUCCUCACACGAGUCAGACGAGGGCAGCGACGAAGGCAUCCUAUUGGAUGACUUGGAGGAGGAGGAGGGAGAAGAGGAUGAGGAGGAGGGCAACAGCGAGGGGGAGGACUGCUCCCAGCAUGCCGAGGGGCGGGUUGAAGGAAGGCAUCGGGAUGAGACUGGAGAACUAAGAGGAGAAGGACAUGGCGAGGGGUUGGAACCUUCCUCCUCGCCAUUCCUCUUUUCGCCCACCGGGGGCAGUAACGGUGGCAGCAGUGGGAUCCUCUGCAACAUCUGCCAUAAAAUGUACAGCAACAAAGGAACCCUGCGCGUGCACUACAAGACUGUGCACCUGCGCGAGAUGCACAAGUGCAAAAUCCCCGGUUGCAACAUGGUGUUCAGCUCUGUGCGCAGCCGUAACCGACACUCUCAGAACCCCAACCUCCAUAAAAACAUGCCCUUCUCUACAAUAAUAGACUAAAUAAUGACUUGCUACUCGACCCUGCUGUCAGUCGGCCCGCUCCUCCCUUCAUUCCUCAUCCUUAUUCCUCCUCAAAUUAGCUUUUAAUCCCAGCCCAGGGCCAUCAAAUACAAGCUAAAAGCCUGUAUGCCUCCUGCCCGUCCUCUGUACGUCAUUACAAGACAUUUCUAUGUCCCUCUAUGAAAUUCAUCGACUUUAAAUACAGUUUAUUAUUGUGACCUUUGACUUUUCCUUCUUUGGAAGAACAGGAUGAUGCUCUUGCUCAUGGAGUUUGCUUUAUAACAAAACUCCAAUUGUUUUUUUUUUUUCAUAAGCCCCUACAUCUUUCUUUUCAGACUUCUUCCCACUUUGUUUUUAUGUCCGUCUCCAAAGAAUCUAUUCAAACUCUUAUUUGUGACUUUGCCUGCAAAAAUGAUAGUAUUGGAAAAAAAAAGAAAAUCUUCUUGUCGUAUUUGUGUAAUGAUAGCUUUUAAAUGAACCCCCUUACAAAAGCAUGACAGCUUCAUUUUGUAAAUAAUGUCCCAAGAGGCUUUUGGUGUAAAAGAGUUGUGUUGAUGGUUGUUUGCUUCUUUUUUCUCUCUCGUUAUGGUUUUAUGUUACAGUCCAGUACAAUACUUCCAGCUAUAGGCAAGAAAGAGGUAGCAUCUUACUAGCUUGACUCAUUUAUGUUAGCUUCAAAGACAUGUUUUAAACUGAGUCCUAGGAAAAAAAGAAUAUCAUGUGACUUGUUUUAUCUACUUGUUAGAUAUUCAGAGGUUGCCGGCAUGCUUUUUUAGGCUCCUACACUGAUAUCAUUCUCUGUAUUUCUAUUGUUUUAGUUUUUUUUUUGUCUGUUAUGUUUAUGAGCUUUAGUAUACCAAUUCAGUUUUUGCACUUUGCAUCUAUACAAGGGGAUGUGUAAUAUUAUUAUAAUGAGGACUUUUGCAAUGGUGAGUUUAGGUGUUGUUCGGGGUCAUUGAUGGCUACGGUGCCAAGGUAAAUGAUAAUACCUUCAACAUACUCGUGCCAGUUUCUUUUUGCACGUGCUCAGUUUCAAACACAGUUUCACCACAGAAGACGUCUCGCCUCCCUGAACAAAAACCUGAGAUCUGCCCCCAUCGCUAAACAACGUAUUCAGAAAGUGUCUCAAAAAGCCUCAAAACGAAUCCGAGUGUGAAUGAAUAUAAACUGCUGUUUCACAAACACACAAAGGAGUUAAAUAUUGAUAAAGUCUCUCCUCCUCUUUUUGUUUAAUUUGUGUAUCGUUGCCAGUUAUGAUCACGAUAAUUACAUCAGAGGUUUAGUGGGGUGAUCUGUGUAAAGCAUGACAUUAUUGUGACAUUGUCAAACAAAGUUAUCAAUGCAAGAACUCGUGUUUGUUCUCACAAAAAGGCAUCUUAAUGAAAUAUGACUGUCCCAUAGAUGAGAAAAAAGAUGAAAAUAGUCAUUCAACUGUGACCAAAACAAAAGUGUUUGCUUACGAAGAGCUCUUUCAGUGUGACAGUGUGUACUUAAAUCAUGCCCCAUUGGAUUAAUAUGAUGCACUUGAGUCUUAAAUCUUUUGCUGUGAUAUUUUCGGUAUCGGUUUCCAUGGCUGAGUGUCGGCUACAAAUGUACUCUAUGAAAAUGUUACCAUUUUCCUGGCUGUUGUUUGCAGCCAUUUUUAACAUGUCCAUGACUGUCUUACGGUACAAAUAUUUCCAGUAACUGGGCAAAGUAGCCAAGGGAAGGGGUAUUUAUUGGUGGGUGAUGUAUCUUCAUGGAGAUGUUUUUGUCCAGUAUAAGAAUAUUUUUUGUAAAAAGACAAAAAAAUCGAGAUUGUUCCUCAGUUCGACUUGUUUAUCAAUGUAUUAGCGAUGCCAUGUGUUACUAUACAAGGAGAUCUUCUCUUACUUGACUGGUGCUACACACAGAGGGGAAACAUAUGCAGUGUUAUGUGGUAUGCUGUACAGUAUUCACAACACCUUACAUCCAUGACAGUGUUGAGUUCCAUUUAUUUCAUACUUAAACCAUUUUGCAAUAUAGACAUGACCUAUUCUAGUGAAAUAUUUCAUGUCUUUUUUUAAGACUCCACCUAUAUGACACAUGCAGUUUUCGGUCCUCUCUUCUCAGAGAUAAAGAGAGCGAGACAGAGAGCUGAGGCUGAUGGAAAGGUUGCGGAGGUGGAAGGCUGACUAGGGAGGAAAGGAUGACAGCAACGAUCAUUAAAAAUGUGCUGCUUCUCCGUUACCUGGAGGCGUCCCUGCCAUUCCAGCUUCUUCUGUCUAAUAACUCACUUGUCACUUCGUUACACUGCCAGACUCCAAGGUUGCUGACAAGACUGUGACACUGACAGAAAGAGAAAAAAAGAAGGGAAAGGGAUUGUGUGCUCUCAACAAUUCAAUUUGACCCAUUCAAUUUAGCUGAAUUCAAUUCAUCUAUUCCUUUUUCUUAUUCAGGGUCGCUGAUAAUUCAAUUCCUUUCCUCUCGUUCUGUUUUUCUCUUUGUCUGUCAGAGCGCAGUCAUUUAACAACCGCCUUACCCAUUUCUUCAACCCGCCACUCACUUACCACCUCCACACCCCACAGCGCAAGUCCUACAGGGACACACACUAAUAGUGUAUGCUUAAGUUCACCGGACGGCCAUGGCAUAGGAAAAAGGGAUGGGUAAUUGCCUGUUUAUCCCAAGUGAAGGGAAAAUUGAGUACAGGAACCCCUGCCUUCUCCCAGGAGUGGGUUUCACUGAGGCGCUUGCUGCCUCAUUCACUCAUUCAAUCCCCCCGGCCCUCGCUCUGGCAGAAAUAAAAAAAAAAAAAGAAAAAGUGCUACUCCAGGAACCCUGCUGACAGCUGUCUCUCUAACACACAACCACACAAACACACAUGAACACAGAGGAGAGUGGCGCACACUCACACAUGCUUCCUACUUACAGGCCAGAAAGAUGACAAGAACAAGAUGACUUGUUAACCUCUAGUGGUGGAGGAGACGGGGGCAGAGAAAUAUUCUCACCACAGGAAAUGAAACUCUCCAUCUUGCAUUAACAUUAUAGCUGCUGCUGCCACUACAUUGAAAGCUAAUAUUCCCUUAUGGAGAACGGUGUGAGCGAGCACUGGGUCAGGCAUGGAAAGUCCAAAGCUCUUAAUAUUAUUGUUUCAUUUUAAAUAUCCAACAGCUAAUCAUUUGAGACAUUUUACCUAAAGAGGACACUGUUUAAUUUAGAAAAACUACAUUAAAAAGGCCUCACAGAUUGAUUUAAGAGCUGUACGUACCAGACAUAUCAAAAGUUAUCUUCAUGUAAAUGUGCUCUGCCCACAUAACCUCAGCCUCUAUGCCCUUCUUGAUUUGAGAAAAACAAGUUUUCAGACUUGUUUUUCAGCCUCUUUAUGUCCUGUUCCUUGCUGUCCGUUUCUCAAGCAGCAUCUGCAGUGCAUGACCUCUGUCUGUGUACUUGUGUGUGCCAGGCAGAAAACUGAAUAUCAUAGAAGAGAUUCCCCUUACAAUACCCUUCUCCCACCUCCUACGGGCUCCUUCUGAGUCCUGCAUGGUGCUGGUCAUGCCAGCAGAGCUCAGAGCUGCAAGAGGAUGGAAACAGAGCUGAGAAAAACAUGCAAACCACUGGGAGACAGACGGCAAGAGAAAGAGAGAUGGUGGAAAGGGAGUGGGCUUAGAAAGUGGUCUGGCUGGAGCCUCGCGGCAGUCACUUAACAAGGCAGGGGAGAAAGAGAGGUACACAGGGAGAGGAGAGAGCAAGAGAGCAGCAGGGCCAGGACUCCCCAGGAGUCAUCGCCAGCGCCAGCUUCUUCUAGAUUGCCUGCUGGAGAGCGAUCGAGCCGCACCUCACAUUCCCUCCCCUCUCAGUCUCCUCUCCUCUGAGAAAUGACCACCAAUUUCCCCCCUCUCCUCUGAGAAAGCCUCCAAUCCAAUCUUUGUCUUUCUUACAUCUCAAACCACAUGGGCCCAGGUGCAUUCUGCUACCUAGUGACCAGGCCGUAGGAUCCGCAAGAACACGUCACUUAGAGCGCCUCACUGGCUACGACCACUGAAGUGAAUCUUUAAUAUUUGAUUAGAGGAGCGUCAGGCAUCAAUUAUUCUGUAAUUCUACAUAGCACACAGAGGGAGGAGUGGAUGGCAAACGGCUGAAGCGGCUGACCUGUUAAUCACUGUCCGUUUUGUUCACGUCACAGAGUGAGUGAGUACUGCAAGCGGAGAGGAUGAGAGGUGACACCGCAUGCAAACUGUCCAGUUAAUGUAGCUCGUGGAACAAAGUGGGAUUCAAGUGUUUGAUGGGACAUCAUAAGAAAUAUGCAGAUAGAAGAAAAAUACACACAUAUUUGUAUAGAUGCUUCAGUCUCAUGUGUUAUGUUCUUAAAAAAAAAUACCCUCAUUAAUUUGAACUGGAACCUGUGAAAUGUCGAGAAUGAAUUCAUAUAAUGUUUUCCAUUGUGCCAAUUAUAUUUUACAGUCUUAAAGUAUAAAUAAGCUUGAAGACCUGGUGAAUUUCGCUUUUUUUGUUUUCACUUGUGUUUUUGUGUAUCUGAUGCAUUUGUGUCUUAAAAAGCCCGUGUUAUGGCACUGGCACUCGACCGCGUUGCAUGGCUACACCGUCGCACUGCAAACAACGAACAGAGCCGAGGAGCUUGCGUCACUUUGGUGUCAAAAUGGUGAUUUGGAAGCCUCAUGAAUACUGUAUGUACCUAAACAGGUGUUUCCCAUUUGCAGACAGGAGGAAAAAAAAUGGUCCUCUUUUUAAAAAAAAGACUUGUUUCUUUCUUUUCUUUCUUUUUUUUUUUUUGCCUUUCUUGUAUUUGUUUCUGUAUCAUAACUGUCUAUGGUUUUUGCAUAAAAUGCAUAAGGGUUUUGGGAUGUAAAUGGAAUUUUAUUCAUAUUUUGUCCAAAUACCUCUUGUAAUUUGUAUCAGAAUUCUUGUACAAUUUUUAUAUUAAAGAUUUAUCAGUCACUGG